UUGAAGACGAGACAAGAACCAUCAUCACACACAGCCUGGCCUGCAGAGGCACAGAUGAAGCGCGGAUGGAGCGUCAUGCGGCAGACGCGUCCUCUGGUACAGCGAACACAGUACUCAGCUACCUGUCCUCGGUGUAUACAAGCUUCCCAGGCUGCUUUCCACACGGAAGCUCCGCGCGCCUUUGCAUUCAAGUGGUUCAAGCAGAGCAGCACCCAAUCAAAGCAGCGUGAUAGAUGGCUGCAGGUGCUAUCUAAACGGAGACAAGGCGGUUUGUCACAUCAGGAAGUUACAUUCAUGCUCGAGUGCGUCGAUACUAUUCAACUCAGCGAAGAAGAAUUGACAGAGUCUAUCUUGGCUGCACUUCGAGUAGACAGUGAGGCGCACGAUGAACUGGCCACCAAGGCGUAUGGUUUGCUACAAAAGCACAGGGCCGCACAGAUUACUCCAAAAAGCCCAUGGAGUGGCUUGGAAGAAUCCCUUCCACAACUCGUCGUUGCCCUCGCCUCGGCAGGACCAAGCAAUCAAGCGCUUGAUUUGUGCAAACAAGCGUCCAAGAAACUAGAUCAAUCGCAAGACAUGUGGCGAGUCUUGCUACAAACCCUGGCGGAGAGGUCCAAGUCGCAAGACUUUUUCGACGCUUGCCAUUGCAUGCGGGAAGAGCGAGUUCCUGCGGAUGUUGCCACGAUGAAUCUUGAGCUUGACAGGCUGAAUGCUGUUGGGCGUGCACAAGAGGCUUUGGCGCUGUAUAAGUCGAUGCCGUCCUUAGGACUCAAGCCUGAUACUACCGCCAAUCUCCUUGCGCUCGAUAGCUGCAUGCAGGCAAAUGACCUUGAAGCUGGCAAAGACAUCGCUACUCUAGUUGAGCGCGAUAAUUCCGAUGCAGCCUUUGCGAGUCUGUUGGCUUGGGACGUGUACAAUCGUCAGCCGCUCGCAUCCAUUCAUCAAAAGGCCUCAUCGCGCGAGGUGAGCUUGUCGACCGUCAAUGCCAUGCUUCGAGCUGCCAAGCUGUCUCGGCAAUGGAAUAUGAUUGAGCAGCUAUGGAUGGCCUUUGCAAACACGUCCGACAUCUUCCCCAACGAGGCAACCUUCAGCAUGCGCAUACACGGACACAACAUGGCGCGACAGCUCGACAAGGCGAUUGCUGUCUUUGCCGACAGCGCAAAUGCCGGGUUUUCUGAGCUGCUCGAUUCACAAGUGCUACAAGAUUUGCUCAAAGCCGGUAUCAUGUCGCGCAAGCCAGAUGCUGCAUUCGAACAAAAGAUUCUGGCUAUUCUGCUCAAGCAAGAGCCUUUCCCAAUUGCUCAAGAAUCACUGUCAUUCUUAAUUCCUUCGUUGAUUGAGCAAAAGCAAUACGUUCAGCUCGAGACAAUUAUUGAACAGUGUCAGCUUCGCCCAGAUUGGUCUGCAGCAAUGACCAUUCAACACAUUGUCGAUCAAGCAACUAGAGCAAAAGAUGGAAAGCAAGUCUGGAAUAUCUCCAUUCUGCUUCGCAAUCUCUUCUGGGACGACCCAAUCUAUACACUUGAGCUGCGCAGCUUGCUCCUCAAACGCCUUGUCGCGCUACAAGAUGUCGACAAGCUUGAUCGUAUGUUUCGCCAAUUCUUUCAGUCACAAAUCAAGCCUGAUGCCGGCAUGUACACAUUGAUGCUGCAUGGCGGUCAAGACUUGCGUGAGGUGGAGCUUAUUCGAUCAGUCCACGCUUCCAUCAAGAUGGAUGUCAACUUGUCGGAUCACACCCGGAUUUUGACCACGCUCAUGCGAGCGUACGCGCAUGUCAGUGCAGCCGAGACUUUCGAAGUUUGGAACCAAAUAUUUCACGGCGGGCAUGGGCCUACAGCUGCAAGUGUCAGUGUUGUGAUGGAUGCCUGCGCACAUAUGCGCAUGCCAACGCGAGGCUUGUUUAUUUGGCAAACACUUGAGCGGCGCCAAUUCCCAUUCAACGACAACAACUAUGCUUCACUGGUGGAGGUGUUUACGCGCAAUGGUAAUCCUGAGGGCGUUUUGUCAUUGCUUGAGGAAGCCAUCGCAAGUGGACGCGAUGUUGGCCCACGGACAUUAAGCACAUUGUGGAAUACAGCCAGAGGUAUGCGCUCGCAAACAAAAGCCUGGGCCAACAAACAUUGCCCAAGUUUGUGGCAACAACUUGACUCGUCAGCUCGCAAAGAUGAUAUCUCUGUGUAGGUGUCAGGGUCUUGUUUGUCAGGUUGAUGCGUGGUCUGUGGGCAGUACGAGGUCAUUUGCGACCUGAUCUCCCUAGAUACAUCGUACC